AGACAUGCGCAGAUGUGGGUUCUGCCUGCCAGCUCUGAGUGGAAUGAGUGAACCCCUGAAGGAAGGUUAUGGAAAGACAAACACAUUAAUGUGUUUAAAUUAUAGUUUGUAAUUUACAAAGACUAACGCCCCUUUGUGGCGGGAUUUCAAUUGUAGCCGCUACUGCCUGGCGCCAGCUGAAGUGCGAUGCGUCCAGAUCAGCCGCUCAGACGGCGGGCAGAUUCGCCUCCCCAGGGCGCGGCGAGCACCGGCCCGCCGCGGGGCUCCAUCCGGACUGCGAGGCCUCGUUUUUUUGUCUGCUGCCUGCUCCCGAGGGUCCAUGCAGCUGACAUGACUGCUGGCCAGCAUGCACAGACGUGCUCCUCCUCCUCCUCCUCUUCCUCGACCAGCACCCUGCCAGCUAACAUUAGGAAGCCAGAACUUCCCGACACAGGAUGGGGGCGCAUCAGGGAUCUGUUUGACAGAAAUGACGUACAAUCUUACCCGGAGGAGCUGACCAACCUGAUCAAGCACGGGAUCAUCGGCGCCACCGCCGGCCUCCUCUACGGAGGCAUCCCAGCUGCUCGCUUCGCCCGCCAGCGUUAUAUCCAAGUGAGCCAGGCGGAGUUGUACACCAGCCGAGUGGAUGCAGUGCGCUCUUCUCAUAACGCAGCCAUCCGUGCGUUUGUGCGUUACGGAUGGAGGUGGAGCUGGAGAGUUUCUCUGAUCGUCACUUUGUUCAGUUCGGUCAGCACCGGCUUGUCCGUGUACCGAGACAAAGACGCCCUCAGCCACUACGUUGCAGCAGGAGCUGCUACCGUUGGCCUCUUCCGGCUGAACCUGGGUCUUCGAGGGCUGGUGGCGGGGAGCGUCAUCGGAGCGGUUCUGGGGAUUCCCGUCGGUGCUCUGGUCAUCGGCCUGCAGUCUCUGACGGGAGAAACCUUUCGACAGAGGAGGAGGAGAGAGCGGCGAGAGCUGUACGAACACAAGCUGGCUGAAUGGACGGCGCGUCUGGAGAUGACGGACGAGCUGAUUUCCAGUCUGGACGGCGCCGCUCAGGAGGAAGAACUACGCAGAGACAUUCAGAGGAUGCAGGAGCUGCUGAGUUUACCAAAGAACGAGGAGAAGGCAGCGUCCAGCGCCGCCGAAGGUGGGACUUGAUGAACGGCGUGGACUUCUUCUGAUCCCGACGGACUCGAGUUCAAAUCUGGAUCUGACUGAAUAUCUCCUCUGGGGAAAAAAGAAAAAAAAGGAUUUUAGGAGCUAUAAGUCACUGAAACUUGUGUUAUCUUAAAAUAGUACAAAGGUUUUUAUAAAUUGUUGGAUGAUAUUGUAAAAAAACCAGAACAAUACAUUGACAGUAAUGGAAAUAAAAGGCACUUUGGAGGAUCAAAUUAGGGGGAGAAGUUGUGAAUGUUUAAGAAAUCUGUGUUUCAAUGGAUUUUUGUUAAGCUGUCAUUAAAAUAUGAAGCUGCU